CCUCAACUCGCACUCAUAUAUUUCCUUGAUUGCCGCCACGACCUGUUCGGUGAGAAGUGAGAACUCUCUCUGGGUACCCAAACCCUUGAUUUGAUUCUGUUUUCCAAUCUUUUUGUGAAGGGAUUUGUCAAAAAGGCUUUUAAAUAGAAAAAUUUAUCGUAUUUGGAUUCAAUGGGUGAAGUGGUAGCUGACAAGGAGCAUAAAGAUGGGUCAAGGAGAAGCUCAACUGGAAAAGCAAUUCCAAGAGGUUCAGCCUCGCCGGCAAGAAGUGAUGAAAAGCCGAUACCUCACUACCUUAUGCCAUCUACUAAUUCAUGUCAUGAUUUUUGCAAGUAUGGACAUAAACAUGCAUUUGAAGGUGAUGAGAAGCAUCCCAUUCGGUCCAAUGUUUUGGGACAUAAUAGAAGUCCAAUACAUGAUCAAAAUCCAAUGAAAAUUCCGACUGUUCGAGAGAGAAUCAAGGAAAGAGGAAAUAAGUUGAAGGCACAAUCUAAGUUGAAUUCUAAGUUUCCUGACAAACCGAAAGUCGGAGAAAAGCUUGCUAUGUCGCCUACAUGGGACAUUGGAUCUUCUGAAGAGGCUAGUGAACAGGAAAGCCUUAAGGACACACAAGCGAUUGGUUUGCCGAGUAUUUAUCGAAGAACUUAUGUGAAAUCCAAAGUUGUUGAGCAGAAGGAUGUAACAGCUGGCAAUGCUAACUAUGAUUCUGAGGAGAGUCGCGAGAUCAAUGUUAUCAAGAAGAAGAUGACUCCUGUCAAGAAACUUAAUGCAACUACUAGGCCUGUUUUGGUGAAGCAAAAGUCCCGAUCGUUUGUGAGGAUACCUUCUUUAUCUUCUCGAACUCGAAGUUUCAGGCCUAAAGCUCCUCUGUCUUCUGACGAUAUUGAUGAGUCUUCUGAAGCUGAAAUCUCUUCGAAGCCGAAGACUUCAUCAGUUAAGUCUGCAUCUCCUGGAAAUUCUUCUGAGGAGGUUACUUAUCAGAAGAGUGUAGAGAAGCCGAAGAUGAUUCAAGUGAAAGAAUUGAAGCCAUUGACAGCUUCAGUUUCAAAGCCAAGGCAAUAUAUCAAGCGUAUUGCUUCAGUGAAGAAGCGAGGUGUUGGAAAAGCUACCAUUGAUACCAAAAAAAUCAAGGAAAAACCUUCAGCACCUAUUCUAGAGUCAACUUCUCAAGAUGUAGAAGAUAAGGCCAAGCUGAGAAGAACUAAAACAGUACACCUAGAAGAUGAUUCUGCUUCAUCUUACAAAUUGAAGUUCAAAGGCGGAAAGGUGAUCGACCUUCCACCAGAGAGUAGUGCACCGGUAAAGCUCAGGUUUAGCAGAGGAAGAGUUGUCGAGAACUCAAACAACAGUGUUGGGGCGAUGUGGAGAAGAAGCUUUAGUCGGAAGAGUAGCAGGAGAAGAGGAUUGGCCGGAGUAGUAUAUAACGAUCCCAAUACUGGAGCUCAAGUUGUUGUUUUAAGACACCAAGAUGUUCAGCAGAAAGAUGAUCAAGGCCUGUUCAACAAUGUGAUUGAAGAAACUGCUACUAAGCUUGUAAAGUCAAGAAAGAGCAAGGUGAAGGCAUUAGUAGGUGCUUUCGAGACUGUCAUCUCUUCGAUCAGAGGACCUAAAUAGUAAUGCCCAUUUACAUGUGUUUUUGUGUGAAGGUUACUCUUGUGCAUAUCUUUGGUAUGAAAUUUCAGUAAGCUUGAAAACUUAGCUUUGAAGAUUUCGCCUUUGUAUGUGAACUUAAUUUGUCAAUAAAAAGAAAAUCUUGUGUUGGUGAUA